CUGAUUGACACUUCACAAGGCCUUUAACAGAUGAAAUCUUUCAGAUCUGCUGACUUACAAUUCCACAAGCUGAAGUGUGCAAACAGAUAUGACUUUUUUACAACCAGGAGGUGCAGCCAGGCUGUGAGCCUGGCUUAUCAGUAUCUGCUACCAAUCAAAAAGCUAGAUACACAGAUGAUUCCUGUCUCCCUCCAGCAAUGAGAGCUGCUGUGUUAAUACAGCGAUGGUACCGUCAGUAUGUUGCUCGCAUGGAAAUGAAACGCAGAUGUACCUGGAAUAUCUUCCAGUCUGUUGAGUAUGCUGGGGAGCAGGACCAGAUCAAGUUGUACAAUUUCCUGGGCUACCUUGUGGAUAACUUCACACCAGCUAGCAGUGAACGAAAUCUGAUCUCCCACAUCUUCAGGGAAAAUGAAGUGUGUCGUGACAUGGAGUGGGAAAGGUACUUCUGCUACAAGAACAUUGAGGUGCCAGAACUCUACUCAGGACCUCACCUGACCUUCCCCCUCACUGUGGCUCAGGCAGAUUCAUUGGUGGAGGCCUUCAAGAACAAAAAACAGCUCCAUUCUCGCUAUGUCCUCCAGCUUCUGCUGGAAACGUGGAAACUGUUGCGGACCCUGCCAAACAUCAGCCGGAUUUCCACCUGUAACAGCAAAGAGAUAACCAUUUGCGGGGAUUUACAUGGACAACUGGAAGACUUGCUGUUAAUAUUUUAUAAGAAUGGCAUGCCAUCGAUGGAAAGGCCGUAUGUUUUCAAUGGUGACUUUGUGGAUCGAGGGACGGAUUCCAUUGAGAUUCUUCUCAUCCUAUUUUCUUUCUUACUGGUGUAUCCCAAUGAUGUUCAUCUCAACAGGGGAAACCAUGAGGACCACAUAGUUAACCUCAGGUAUGGCUUUACCAAGGAAGUGCUGGGAAAGUAUAGGCUCCAUGGGAAAAGAAUUCUAAAACUAAUCCACAAGAUCUUCAGCUGGUUGCCACUGGCAACAGUCAUUGACCAAAAAGUUCUGAUUCUGCACGGAGGGAUCUCUGACACCACCGACCUCAGUAUUAUCUCCAAAGUUGACAGACACAGAUAUAUCUCAGCACUGAGGCCUCCUAAGAAGAAGCUGCUGCAAUCUGAUGGACAGGCGUCUAUAGACUCUGAUCUGGAGGAGGACAUGUGGGCCCCCAGGGACAGCCCUGUCACCUGGAGCUGGAAUUCCCUGACCUCGCACAAUCCCUUUGGCUCACGAAACAGCUUCCAGCGUCGCUCGCUCCAAGAUUUCUCUGACAGGCUGAAAUGCUCAGAGGAGAAAGACCUGGAGGAACUGCGUCGGCAAGCAAAAUUUACCCAAUCCUACAGAGAUCUCCCCCAGUCCCUCAGCUUCAGCUUCAGUCCUUACUCUUCUGAGCAUGAUGAUACCAACACUGAUGAAUGGAAACAGAUUGUGGACAUUCUGUGGAGUGACCCCAUACCUCAGGACGGCUGCAUUCCUAAUGAAGUGCGAGGGGGGGGCUGUUACUGGGGUCCAGAUGUGACCGAUGAGGUGCUGAACAAGCACAACCUGCAGCUGCUCAUUCGGUCCCAUGAAUGCAAACAGGAGGGUUACGAGUUCUGCCACAAUCGCAAGGUCGUGACCCUUUUUUCUGCCUCCAACUACUAUGAGGUGGGCAGCAACAGAGGUGCCUAUAUCAGAAUGGGGCCUGACACAGUGCCUCGCUUCUUUCAGUACCGGGCCAGCAGUCUGACCCGAUCACUAAGCCUGAGACAAAGUGUGGGCCGCACAGAACACUCUGCCCUGAGGGUUCUGAGGGAACAGCUGAUUGCACACAGGUCAGACCUCAUCAGAGAAUUCCAGGAGUAUGACCCAGAGAACAGAGGUGUGAUCAGCCAGAGGGACUGGGCCCUGGCGGUGGAGAAGAUCCUGCGGCUGAACCUGCCCUGGCGAGUGCUGCGGCCUCAGCUGAUGAGCUGUCCGCCAGAUGGCCUGCUGGAUUACCUGGCCUGGUUCUCCGAUCUCUCCAUCAAAGAGCCGGACAAUGAGCACAUAGACCAGAAUUUGCUAGAGACUGUGUACAGACAUCGUUCAACCCUAGAGACCAUCUUCAGAAUAGUGGACGCAAACAAUUCUGGUGUCAUCUCUUUUGAGGAUUUCCGCCAAACGUGGAAACUGCUUGGCUCCUUCCUUCAGAUGGAAAUCAGUGAUGAGGUCAUCUCCAACCUGGCCAUCAGUAUUGAUUCCAAUAAUGAUGGGAGCAUUGACAUCAAUGAGUUCAUGGAAUCCUUCCGUCUGGUGGACAUGAAUAGACUAGAGAGGGGGCAGAGCAUGUUCCUGAUUCCUCCCUCAGCACUGCCUGAGGAGGAACACCAGUCUGAGGGAUUCGCGCCUGAAGAACCACCACCAGAAGAACCCCAACAUGUGGAACCUCUAUUUAAGACACCUCCAUGAGAGGAACCCCAAUCUAAAACAUGACCUCACUUGUAUUGAACAUCACUGAGCAAACUAUAUUAUAUUUUUUCUAAAAUGAAAAGGGAAAAUUAACCUUGGAAUAUAAGUUUAACAUUGUCAGGGAUUCAACUGGCAUCAAUUUCGAGAAGAAAGUAUAAGGUGCAAUUGUAACUGUUCUAACCAAAUUGCACUUUUUUCUCUUCACUCUGGAUAACUUCAUUGCCUGCACAUUGUUGGAGCUGUAAAUAUCACAGACUCCAAAUAGCAGCUGGAAAGACAUUAUAACAGCAGCCUAACCCUAACCUUCACCCUAACCCUAACCUGGGACACAGGACAGUGCUGGGACCAGGCCUGUGACCAGGCCGUGUCAUGAGAUAAACAGAGCAUGGUCUGUUUUGGUAAAAGGAGGUAAUAAUACAUUUAUAGAUAUGUACUCUAUGCCUGCAUAACUGUCAGGGUCACAGAGAGGACACUGGCCUCCUUAGAAAGGGCUUGAGUACAUUCUGCAGGGGAGUUGAUGGGUGUGAUGUGCAAUUCUACUGAUAAAACUACUGCUUAUCAGCUGAAAGGUUCCUUUACAAAUUAUACUGUCAGCAGCAAAAAUUCAAAUAAUUUGCUAUAACUUUUGCAGCAAACAAAACAGUUCACUGUGAAAUCUUGCCCCUAGCUUGAUACCCUUCUUCCUUGAAUAAUUUCUGACUCAGGCAGUCACAUAUGGCAAACGGUACAUAAGCAAUGUGAAAUGCUGAAUGAAUGUAUUAUAUCCACACACUUAACAUACAGUAUGCAAUUAAUCAUAUUUUUAAUACAUGAUACAUUUACUAUGUAUUAAAAAAGACCAGUACAGAGUAACCUGGGAAGAUGAUGCACACACAGACUUUUGAAACUGGAGACCAGAAGACACACACAGUUCAUAAACAGGGGUCUAGUAAUGUCACAGUAGAUAUGUACAACCAAAUUACUAUUCAGGUGAUACUCUGAAGAGGUUAGGUUUGAGACUGAAGGUUCCAGCAAAGGGAGAAGAACAGACAAAAGAACUCCUUUCCUGGGAGAAGCAUAAUCCCAGUCUGUGCACUGAAGUGAUGUUAGAGAGGAGAGGACAGCGGAAUAAGACACAAUCAAGCCAUGGCUCCCUGCUGCUCAUGCUGACCUGUCGCCAUUUCUCUCAGGGAAUGUGCUGGUCCUCGUGGCGGAGGGGGUGUGGCCUGCUGAUGGGGCGUGGCCUGCUAAGUGGACACAACUGUCCAGUGCUGUAGAACCAGCUGUGGCAAAAGGAGAACUGGAAAAGUUCAUUUCUUGUAUUCCUUAAUUAAGCCCUAUCACACGAGAGGAAGUGUUGUUAUACUACGUACUGUGAUUCAGUCAUAGGCACGGCCAGUCAAAAAUGCAUUUUUUCAACAAUGUACGAAUGCAUCAAUUAAACAUUACAGUAAAAAGUUCCAGUGCUAUAUUGUUUAUCAACACUCAUGAAAUGCUUCUUGUCCAAUCAAAUUACUUGACCAGAACUAACUGUUGUAUAAACGUAUAAAUAAAAUUUAGGGGACGAGUAUGGUUAGGCCCAUUAUUUUGUUGGCAAAUUAAAUGAUGCAAUGAAACUCUUGAAGCUAGGUCCUCUAUCACCUCUCAGAAGAGGACCUUGACUGGAAAAUACUCAACUUGGUGUGCCAUAGAAAAUGUCUGUUAGGGGAUGAAAGAGCCAACAAUGUUUUAAAUGGAAAUGGCCCGUGGGUGGUAUAUAAAGCAAAACUAUAAAACAAAACUAGUCAUUAGAAGGUCUCUCUUGCUUUUUCUGUAUAUUUCACAAUUUCUGUAUAUACAGCGGUUGUUACCCAUUGUUUUGGAGAAUCCCCAACUGAAUCACCAGCUUUUUUCAAAAUGGUUGAUCAAAUUAGAUCGAGAAUGUGCCAGACUACCAUCAGUUCUAAAUUGAAGUUUCUAAUUUAUGAAAUGCUUUAUUUCAUUGCCAUGUUUGAACUGUGACAGUUAGGAAGGCCUGACACACAUACUCUCACACACAAACACACACAUGCACUUUUUGUUUUCUUUUGGAAAAGUGCGGUGAACACAAUGACACAACACAAACUGCCACUUUCCUUCCUUAGUUUCCUUAGUUAUGGGAUAAAGGGUGUGACCACACCCUAUAGGAGGGCAAAGAGGGGUGGAAAAUAAGAUUUGGUCAGAGAAGUAGAACUAGAGGACAUAAAAAUUACAUUACAGGCAUUUAGCAGAUGCUCUUAUCCAGAGCGGCUUACACAACAUUCUACAUAGCAUUUACAUUGCAUCCAUUUAUACAGCUGGAUAUAUGUUCAAGCAAGGAAUCAAACUUGUAACCUUCAGGUUGUAAGACUUGUUCCUUACGCAUUAUAUUACACUGCCACCCAAUG